UCCUGCUGCUACUACAUACAGUCAUGGCGUCUGCUGAUCUGAGAGAGGAGCUAACCUGUCCCAUCUGCUUCAGCAUUUACACAGAUCCUGUAACUCUCAGCUGUGGCCAUACUUACUGCCUGAGCUGUAUUAACAGAACAUGGGACCACCAGGAUGAGGGAGAGUAUUCCUGUCCUGAAUGUAAACAAGGGUUUAGGAGGAGACCUGAACUCAAAAGGAACCUGAGGCUGCGUAAUAUAGCAGAGACUUUCCAACCUACUGAGUCUGUAAAUGAUACUGGGAUCUUCUGCACUUACUGUACUCACCCUGCUGCUAAAUCCUGUCUGCUGUGUGAGGCGUCUUUUUGUGAUUUUCACCUGAGGGUACACAGCAAGUCUGAGAAACACGUCUUAACUGAACCCACCACUUCCUGGGGUAACAGAAAAUGCUACAAACACAAGAAGCUCCUGGAAUAUUACUGCACUGAGGAUGCUGCCUGUAUCUGUGUGUUCUGCUCCCUGGCCGGAGAGCACAGGGGACACCAGGUGGAGCUGCUGAAUGAGGCUUCUGAGAAGAAGAAAAAGAGACUGAGAGAUGUUCUGCAGAAACUGACCACAAAGAGAGAGAAGACUGAGAAAAGAGUUCAGAGUCUGCAGGAGCACAGGAGAGGGGUGCAAGAGAAAGCAGCUGAUGUAACAGAGCGACUCAAUGCCCAGGUUAAGGAUAUAAUGAAACAGCUGGAAAAAGAGAAGGACGAGCUGACCAGGAAGAUGAGUCACAUUGAGGAUCUGUGCAACAUGACUGACCCAUUAACUGUCCUACAAGAACAGGAAUCACACAGAGAUGACUUUUGUGGUGCUGAGAAUGGAGAUAAUGAGGUCACACAAACAGGUGAUAAACAGGUCCCUGCUGGGGGGGAUUUGGAUGAGGGUCUGAUCUCACUGACCUUAUACAGAGGUAUAGCUGAUAUUGUGUAUGAUGUAAAGAGAUGGAUCUAUUUGCAGGUGCCAUCAGAUAUUUUACUGGAUAUAAACACAGCUAAUAAUAAUGUUAUUGUAUCAGGUGACCUGAAAACUGUAUCCUGGCCACGAAUAAACCAGCAGCGACCAACAAGAAGAGAGAGAUUUAUUGAAACCAGGAGGUUAUAUAGAGGUUCAUUUGAUAAUAUGACUGAUGUAAAGAGAGGUAUCUAUGUGCAAGUGACCUCAGACAUAAUACUGGAUAUAAACACAGCUAAUAAUAAUGUUAUUGUAUCAGAUGACCUGAAAACUGUGUCCUGGUCACGUAUAAACCAGCAGAGACAAAUAACACCAGAGAGAUUUACAGAUCAUCCUCAGGUAUUAAGCAUCAGGAGCUUUUCCUCAGGACGACAUUACUGGGAAGUGCAGAUGAGUAAAGCAGGGCACUGGUGUGUAGGGGUUUGUUAUACCAGUAUGGGGAGGGGAGGAGAUGAGUCUGUGAUAGGAGAGAAUAACAAGUCCUGGGGUUUGUAUGGUGAUAAUAAAGAUCUUGUAGUGCUACAUGACAGAAUAUACACACCAUUAUCUAAGCCUCUAUCAUAUGACAGAGUAAGAAUAUACCUAGACUAUGAGGCUGGGCGUCUGACCUUUUAUGAGCUAUGUAACCCAAUCAGACACUUACACACCUUCAGCGCAACCUUCACUGAGCCUCUUCAUGCUGCGUUUUGGAUACAUUAUGAUGCCCAGGGUGAGAAUCCUGCGCUAAAUACACUCACAAUAAAUGCAACCCCUGAAUGGAAACAUUGAAGCAAAGGGAAUAUGACUCUGCAUUGGCCUUAGUGGAGGGGUCAGAGUUAGGGCAUAAGGUGGAGUUGUGGGGAAGCUGAUAAGUAGGGGUUAAGACAGGAAGUAACUUAUCUUUAGGAACUGAAUGGAGAGAAUAAGCUACUGCCCUCCCUCCUUUGUGGUAAUGGCUUAUAGUCACAGCUUUGUUUGGGGGGUUUGUCUGGAGUCAUGGAUAAGUGGCAUGGCUUUUACUGCGUACCCCCUGUUUUACUAAUGGGGGCGAUACAUAUAGGGUUGCCAGGUGUCCUCCCUAGAAAUACUGGGCACCCACUGUAUAAACAGAGAGCGGGGGGGGGGGGGGGUUAUGGCACACAUUUUAUUUAUUUAUAUAUUUACACUCACAUAUAUAUAUAUAUAUAUGUGCGUGUGUGUAGGUAUCUUUGCAUAGAUAUAUAUGUAUGUGUAUAUAUAUAUAUAUAUAUAUAUAUAUAUAUAUAUAUAUAUAUAAAAGAAAGUAAAUCCUCUUACUGGUUUAGCCAAGGUGAGGAAGAGGUAAAUCAUUGAAAGGCACAUAAAGCACUGCUACGGAGUAAAAUUAAAACGUAUACUUUUAUUAAAGUCAGUUUAAAACAAACACAGCAGUUGAGUGCAUGGCGGUGACCAGGGAGCGUAGGUACUAACUGAGGGUGACGUCAUCUUAUGCUUUUCACGCCUUUCUGGCACUUUGACAAAGCUUUUACUCUGUAUCAGUGCUACCUCCCCUUGUCUAUACUAGUAAGGGGAUUUUCUUUCUUUUAUUUAUAUAUAUAUAUUCACACACACAUAUACUGUAUAUAUUACAUUAUUUUAUGCCAGAAAUAAGUGAAGUGAAUGUUAAAGAAAACUAUUAAAAAGCAAUGAAUAAAAAUGGCAUCUAAUGUUUUAAGGGUGAUCAGGAAAUUAACAUUUUUACUGUACAUUUUACACUAACACUGUUUAAAUCCCUGAACUGCACAUCUUCUUUAUACAGCCAUCUAGCAUACAAUGGGUUAAACAGUUUGUUUUACUUGGCUAAAGAAAGGUGACACUGCAAAUUGCAGCUUACAGCUCAGCAGUACUAGUAAGGAAGAGGGCAGUUCCUUUCUGUGAGGGAGAACCUCUUCUCUGUGCAGACCCCCACCCUGCGGCCACUACACAAAGGAAAUGUAAGGAUCAGUGGGAGUGUUCUUGUGUGUGUGAAACAAAUGUUGUAGUUAUAGGUGUUUUAUCUUAUGCAAGAGGCACUCCCUGACUCUACCAUUGUGCACAUAACAACAGGUUGAUAUGGUUCAUACCAACUGAUAAUCUCAAUAUCACACAAUACGAACAUUAUACACUCAUUUUUUCUUUGCAUAAAUGUUUUGUAGAUGAUCUAUUUAUAUAGCCCAUAAAGUUUUUUUAAAUAAAUGUAUAGUUUUGCUUAUUUUUAAAUAA